AUGCCUUCACAAGUGGCCACAUGUCUGCGCUUCGCGCGGCAGUUUUCCGCGGAUCCUGCUAAGCACCAACGUUUCCUUGCACGUACCUUCUCUAGCAGUGUUCAGCGCGCUGCCAUCAACAAGGUGUUCUCGUCCGCCGAAGAUGCUACCAAGGACAUCAAGUCAAACUCCACCCUUCUGGCCGGCGGAUUCGGUCUAUGUGGUGUUCCCGAUACCCUCAUCAACGCGGUUCGGGCCAACUCAUCAAUUUCCGGUUUGACCGUCGUCAGCAACAACGCGGGUGUGGACGGCUCUGGACUGGGCCUACUCCUCCAGUCUAAGCAGAUCAAGAAAAUGAUUGCUAGCUAUGUGGGCGAGAACAAGACCUUUGAGCGCAUGUACUUGACUGGCGAGAUCGAAUUGGAGCUCACCCCUCAAGGUACAUUGGCUGAGCGUUGCCGUUCUGGCGGUGCCGGUGUACCUGCAUUCUACACCCCCGCGGCGUUUGGCACCGUUGUGCAAACCGGCGACUUGCCCUUGCGACACAACAGUGACGGAACUGUCGCUCUUUACAGCCAACCUCGUGAUACCAAGGUCUUUGAUGGCAAGAGCUAUGUCAUGGAAGAGGCCAUUAAGGGAGACUACGCCUUCGUGAAGGCGUGGAAGGCUGACAAACUGGGUAACUGCCAGUUCCGCUAUGCGGGCGCCAACUUCAACGGCGCAAUGGGUCGCAACGCUAAGAUGACCAUUGUCGAGGCUGAGCACAUCGUGGAGCCUGGUGAGAUCGAGCCUGCAUCUAUCCACCUGCCUGGUAUCUACGUCAAGCGUGUGAUUCAGAGCACCACCGAGAAGAAGAUUGAGAAGUACACUUUCGCCAAGGAAGAGGGCGCCGAUACCUCUGCACUGGGUAAGGGUGACACUGCCAACAAGCGUGAGCGCAUUGUUCGUCGCGCUGCAAAGGAGUUCAAGAACGGGAUGUAUGCCAACUUGGGUAUCGGUAUGCCCAUGCUGGCCCCUAACUUCGUCGACCCUUCUGUCGAAGUCACUCUCCAGUCCGAGAACGGUAUUCUCGGCCUUGGUCCCUACCCCAAGAAGGGCGAGGAGGACCCCGAUCUGAUCAACGCCGGCAAAGAGACUGUUACUCUAAACCCGGGUGCUUCCUGCUUCGGCAGUGAUGAGUCGUUCGGUAUGAUUCGUUCCGGCCGCAUCGAUUUGACCAUCCUGGGUGCCAUGCAGGUCAGCGCCAAGGGCGACCUUGCCAACUGGAUGCUUCCCGGAAAAAUUAAGGGCUUCGGUGGUGCUAUGGACCUUGUUUCUAACCCCUCUGCCACCAAGGUCGUUGUCACCAUGGAACACACUGAUAAGAAGGGCAACCCCAAGAUUGUCAAGCAGUGCGAGUUCCCUCUCACUGGCCCCGCCUGCGUUAGCCGUAUUAUCACCGAUCUUUGUGUCUUCGACGUUGACUUUACCAACGGCCUUACCUUGAUCGAGAUCGCUGAUGGCGUGACCGUUGAGGAAGUCAAGGCUAAGACCGAGGCCCCCUUCAACGUUGCCGAUGACCUGAAGCCUAUGCUGUAG